GGACUAAAGCAGAGUCAGCCCCCCGGCAGCAGCAGCAGCAUCCUCCCCCUCCUCACUCACACAACAUGGGUCUAUCCCUCUCAUCUCACACCCUCUCCUCUUAACCAUCAGCCUCUGCAUUUAGUCGUGAUCCAACAGAAAAAAAAAAAAAAACACUACAGUUUCCAGCGGAAACAGCAUCUCCUCAUCCAGCUGCGGAAUGAAGCUGCUGUUUUUCUCAGCAGCACUGCGGGAAGAAACCAUGAAUCCCUGGCUGCUCUUGGCGCUGCUCGCCCUAGAGCCCAGUAAACAGGAGGAGGAAGACUAUGAGGACGUGCCCAUUAAUAAAACCUGGGUCUUAUCACCAAAGGUCUACGAGAGCGACGUGACUUUGAUCUUGAAUAAACUGCUGCAUGGCUACGACAACAAACUGCGGCCUGACAUCGGAGUGCGGCCGACGGUGAUUGAAACAGCCGUUUACGUCAACAGCAUCGGACCAGUGGACCCCAUCAACAUGGAAUACACCAUUGACAUCUUCUUUGCCCAGACGUGGUACGACAGCCGCCUGAAGUUUAACAGCACAAUGAAGCUGCUCAUGCUCAACAGUAACAUGGUGGGAAAAAUCUGGAUUCCUGACACCUUCUUCAGGAACUCCCGUAAAUCAGACGCUCACUGGAUCACAACUCCCAACCGCCUCCUGAGGCUGUGGAGUAACGGCAGAGUCAUGUACACCCUGAGGUUGACUAUUAAUGCGGAGUGUUACCUUAAGCUGCAUAACUUUCCAAUGGAUGAGCACUCGUGCCCCCUGGAGUUUUCAAGCUAUGGCUAUCCUAGGAAUGAGAUCAUGUAUCGAUGGCAGAAACGGGCGGUGGAGGUGGCUGACCAGCGUUACUGGAGACUCUACCAGUUUGCUUUUGUGGGAAUGAGGAACACAUCUGAUGUGGCGCACACUCAGUCAGGGGAAUAUGUCAUCCUGACAAUCUUUUUCGACCUGAGUCGGAGGAUGGGCUACUUCACCAUCCAGACCUACAUCCCCUGCAGCAUGAUUGUGGUCCUGUCCUGGGUCUCCUUCUGGAUCAAUAAGGAUGCCGUCCCAGCCCGAACAUCUCUAGGCAUCACGACAGUGCUAACCAUGACGACUCUGAGCACAAUCUCCAGGAAGUCCCUGCCGAAGGUUUCUUACAUCACCGCCAUGGACCUGUUUGUCUCUGUCUGCUUCAUCUUCACCUUCGCUGCUCUCAUGGAGUACGGCACUUUGCACUACUUCACCAGCAACCGGCAAACCAAGAAGGCUAAAGCCAACAAUAAUGCACAGACUAAAAUAUUUAUUUUGUCUUUGCAGCAGAGAGUGCCCAGCAUGGUAAACCUCCGGCCUGGGACGUCCCUGUUGCAGAUGAAUAACAUUGUGCCCUAUCACGUGGAGGACGACUACGCGUAUGAUUGUUUAGACGGAAAAGACUGCGCCAGCUUCUUCUGCUGCUUCGACGACUGCCGAUCCGGUGCCUGGAGAGAAAACAGGAUGCACGUGCGAGUUUCCAAGAUCGAUUCUUACUCUAGAAUAUUCUUUCCCACUGCGUUUGGCCUCUUCAAUCUAGUUUACUGGAUAGGUUAUCUGUAUUUAUAA